GAGAGGAGAGAGGAGGAGGUGUGUGUUCAGAGCUCCUCUGCUGCUGGAGGAGGAGAGAUGGAUUACUUCACUCUGUCCUGAACUGGAUGCGGCUCUAAAUGAGGUUCAGGUGAAACAUCCUCUGGAAGAUCAGAAUCUACAGGACCAUGCCGUGUGUCCAGACCCAGUGCGGCUCCUCUCCGCAGGGAGCCAGUCCGGCCUCUCAGGCCGCCGGAGCGGAGCGCAGCUGUGACUUCCUCACCCCGGAGUUUGUGAAAUUCAGCAUGGACCUCACCAACAGUGAGAUCUCGGCUACAACUUCGGGUCCCGGUUUUGGCCCUUUGGGUGAGACUUACGGAGCCGGAUACGACGUGAAGCCGCCGUGCCUGUUCCAGAUGCAGGGAGAGCUGCCGUGCGUCAAGCUGGAGGACGCGCACGGCUGCCCGCGGUACCAGCAGCAGCAGCAGGAGGAGCUGCUCUCCUCCGGGGGCUCCGUGUACUACUACCGGCCCCCGUCGCCCCACACCCCCAUCACACCCGGCCUGCCCGCUGCGGGACUCUGGGAGGACUCCGGCUCUUUGUACUCUUUCAGACAAGACUAUCUGGCGGCGGCGCACCGGAAAAACACGCUGUCCAGAUUCUCGCUGUUUUCUCUCAAACACGCGCAGCAGCACGGCGCUCAGAGUCUGUCCGUGAACCUGGACCCCGGGACGCACCUGGACGGGUCCUCUGGCCCCGGGAAGCAGCCCGGGGUGGGGUUUCAUCACCCGCUGCAGUUCGGACACCACUUCCUGGACUACCAGGCGUCCUGCGCGCCGAGCCGCGCGGCGCUGAGCGCGGAGGGUCUGUGCGCCGUGUGCGGGGACAACGCGGCGUGCCAGCACUACGGAGUGCGCACCUGCGAGGGCUGCAAGGGCUUCUUCAAGCGCACGGUGCAAAAAAACGCCAAGUACGUGUGUUUAGCUGCCAAAAGCUGCCUGGUGGACAAACGCAGGAGGAACCGCUGCCAGUACUGUCGCUUCCAGAAGUGCCUCGCAGUGGGGAUGGUCAAAGAAGUGGUGAGGACCGACAGUCUGAAGGGCCGGAGGGGUCGCCUGCCGUCUAAACCUAAAGGUCAUCCCGACUCGUGUUCCCCGGUCGGCGCCCUGCUGAGCGCCCUCAUCAGGGCUCACGUGGAGUCCAACCCGCCACCUUCUCGUCUCGACUACUUCAAAUUCAAGGAGAGUCCAGGAAACCCGCCGGCGGACGACGCUCAGCACGUGCUGCAGUUCUACGACCUCCUGACCAGAUCCAUGGAGGUGAUCCGAGGCUGGGCGCAGAAGGUCCCGGGCUUCACGUCUCUGCCCAAACAGGACCAGGACCUGCUCUUCUACUCGGCUUUCCUGGAGCUUUUUGUUCUGCGCCUGUCAUACAGGUCGAAGCCCGAGGAAGGGAAGCUGAUGUUCUGCGACGGCUCGGUGUGGCACCGGCUGCAGUGCCUGCGAGGCUUCGGGGAAUGGAUCGACGGCAUCGUGGAGUUCUCCUCCAACCUGCAGAGGAUGAACCUGGACGUGUCCACCUUCUCCUGCGUCUGCUCGCUCGCUCUGCUCACAGCGGAGCGUCACGGCCUGAAGGAGCCGAAGAAAGUGGAAGAGCUGCAGAACAACGUGGUGAAGUGUUUAAAGGACGCCGACGGCCUGGCGGACGGCUGGGCCAGCCACUUCUCCAGACUUUUGGAAAAACUGCGUGAACUUCGUACUCUGUGCAUCCAAGGCCUGCAGAGGAUUUUCUACCUGAAGCUGGAGGAUCUGGUGGCGCCGCCGGCCGUCAUAGAUAAGUUAUUCCUGGACACGCUGCCGUUUUAGAGACAUUACGGGGACAUUUAGUCCCAACAAAGACAUUUAAAAUCAUUUACGGAGGCUGGUAGAUUAAAAAGGAGAUUUAAAAUGAUUAACAGCUCUUUAUCCUGUUAAUGAGGAACGAUCUCAAUGAUUUAAAGCCUGUCAGCUUUUUGUUCAGUGAAUUCUACAUUUUACAGUUGAGGGUUUUCAGAACAUUUAUUGUCAUAAAGGGAAUAAAAUGAUAAUAUUUGGUAGAUUCUCAUGGUCUGUCACUGUAAACU